AUCUCCAGGUGCAAGGCAUGGUAGAACUCAAUGGCUGCGAAGCCAGAAAGAUCAAAGUCCUCGGACCCUACACAUUCAGCAUCGGAGACACAACAAGUUUCAGCAAAUACAACCGCGGUGGCAUCGUCACACAAGUCAAGAUGCCCAAGAAAAUAGCAUUUAAGCCGUUGAAAGAAUCUUAUAAGAAUCCCGAGUUUGUUAUUACGGAUUUUGGCAAGUUUGACUAUCCUCAACAGUUGCACAUUGCUUUUGCGGUUCUCCAUAAGUACCAAGAGACCGAAGGCCGUCUCCCUAGGCCAUGGUGUGAGGCCGAUGCUACCAAGUUCUUGGAUUACGCAAAGAAUUUUGUUAAGGAUCAGGAGCAAUUUAAGAAUGGUGAAAUUGAACUCAACGUUGAGUUGCUUGAUAUUUUUAGUAAGGUAUGCGCUGGAGAUCUGAACCCAAUGAAUGCAGCAAUCGGUGGCGUCGUAGCCCAGGAGGUUAUGAAGGCAUGCUCCGGCAAGUUCCACCCGAUUGUUCAAUGGCUUUACCUGGAUGCCAUUGAGUGCCUACCCAAAGACCGCUCUGUCUUGUCCGAGGAGUCAUGCAAACCAGUCGGGUCGAGAUAUGAUGGGCAGGUGGCUGUGUUCGGCAAGGAGUUCCAGAAGAGACUCGGGGAACUGAAGUACUUCAUUGUUGGCGCUGGCGCCAUCGGCUGCGAGCUGAUGAAGAAUUUCGCGAUGGUCGGUGUUGGCGCGGACGGCGGCUGCGUGACGGUUACCGACAUGGAUCUCAUCGAGAAGUCCAACCUCAACCGGCAGUUCCUGUUCCGGCCGCAUGACGUCCAGAAACCCAAGUCUAGCACUGCUGCCAGGGUGAUCAAGCAAAUGAAUCCAUCAAUGAACGUGCUAGCGCAAGAGAACCGCGUCUGUCCGGAAACGGAGGCCGUGUACGACGACCAGUUCUUCGAGGCGCUGGACGGCGUCGCCAACGCCCUGGACAAUGUGGACGCCCGCAUCUACAUGGACCGCCGCUGUGUGUACUACAGGAAGCCGCUGCUGGAGAGCGGCACGCUGGGCACUAAGGGGAACACACAGGUGGUGGUCCCGUUCCUGACGGAGUCGUACAGUUCGUCGCAGGACCCCCCGGAGAAGAGUAUCCCGAUCUGCACGCUGAAGAACUUCCCCAACGCGAUCGAGCACACGCUGCAGUGGGCCAGGGACGAGUUCGAGGGGCUCUUCCGGCAUGCUGCUGAGCACGCGGCCAGGUACCUUACCGACCCUCUGUUCCUGGAGAGGACCAUGAAGUUGCCAGGGUCUCAGCCUUUAGAUGCUUUGGAGAGUGUUAGGCACGCGAUUAUCGAGCGGCCGCUCAACUUCGACGACUGCGUGCGAUGGGCGCGCCUGCACUGGGAGGCGCAGUACUCCAACCAGAUCAAGCAGCUGCUGUACAACUUCCCGCCCAACCAGCUGACCACCUCCGGCGCCCCCUUCUGGUCGGGGCCCAAGCGCUGCCCGGCGCCGCUCGAGUUCUCCGCCAGCGACCCGCUGCACCUCGACUACGUCAUGGCCGCCGCCAACCUCAGGGCCGCCGUCUACGGUAUACCCAAGUGCGACAACAGGGAGUGCGUGGCGAAGACCGCUGCUAGUGUUGAGGUGCCGAAAUUCAGUCCGAAAUCAGGCAUAAAGAUCGCGGUGACGGACGCGCAGCUGCAGCAAAGCAGCGAGGACAUGGACCAGGACCGGGCGCAGCAGAUCCUGGCGGAGCUGCCGCCGCCCAGCAAGCUGGCGGCGCUCGCCGUCACGCCGCUGGACUUCGAGAAGGACGACGACACCAACUUCCACAUGGACUUCAUCGUGGCCGCCUCCAACCUGCGCGCCGCCAACUACAGCAUCCCGGCCGCCGACCGCCACCGCUCCAAGCUCAUCGCCGGCAAGAUCAUCCCCGCCAUAGCCACCACCACCUCGGUCGUCGCCGGCCUCGUCUGCCUCGAGCUGUACAAGCUCGCGCAGGGCUUCAACACCUUGGAAGUGUUCAAGAACGGAUUCGUGAACCUCGCUUUACCCUUCUUCGGAUUCUCCGAACCGAUCGCCGCCCCCAAAAACACAUACUACGACAAGAAAUGGACGCUCUGGGACCGAUUCGAAGUCAAAGGAGAGAUCACUCUGCAGGAGUUCCUAGAUUACUUCAAGAACGAGCACAAACUGGAAAUCACUAUGUUGUCGCAGGGAGUCUGCAUGUUGUAUUCGUUCUUUAUGCCCAAAGCUAAACGGCAGGAGAGGCUCAAUCUCCCGAUGUCGGAAGUCGUGACUAAGGUUUCAAAGAAGAAGCUCGAGCCCCACGUGAAAGCUCUCGUGUUCGAAUUGUGCUGCAAUGACGACGACGGCAACGACGUGGAAGUCCCGUACGUCAAGUAUACGCUGCCUUAGUAGAAAAACAAGUUACACCACACCGAUUGAGAGCCCAAAUUCUAAAGUAUUUUCUCGGCGUGGCGACCUCGGGUUUGUGCAUUUUGACGCAUUUAAAUACGCAUUAUAGCCCACCCGCUGAGGCUCACGAAUUUCAUAGAAGGGUAUUUUUAAAGAUUAAGGAUUUUAUAACGAGCGCAGGCGGACUGUACAGUGAUAGAAAUGCUGUGUGUGUGUUUCAUUAAUUUGUGCUUAGAACACGCUUCUGUCUAAUAACCAUAUAUUUAUAGUAGUUAUAAUUCUUUUGCUCACGUCUAUUAAAAAACGCGCUAGAUUUUUUUUUCGUGAUAUUGAAAUUAUUUUACACCAAAUUUAUCAGAUAUUUUUAAUGUUCAAAUCAGAUGGGUCUGUAUAUGGAAAGAAAUAAAUAAAAUUGAGCA